AUGACCAUGCAGCUCGAACCAAUACCUAUGGAGAUCGAUUGUGUUGAACCCCCUUCUCCUGGGAGUGAUGAAAGCCAAAUCUCGUUUACCAACGACUAUGAGAGCCUACCAUCGAGUGGUCCACCCAAGCAUGCCCAUAUCAUCGACCUCGCCGGCUACGACGAGUGCGCCGAACUGGGAGGUACGAUCAGUCUCCAAGAUGCUAUUGUCACAACGCUCUUCAAUGUCUCACCAGAGACACUGUGUUCUUUCCUCAGCCCGACGGUUCACACUUUCAAAGCCAUCUUCAAAGGCAACAAACAGCUGGUCAUCUGGCGAAAGGGUCUCGAGGUCUUUAUUGGCUUGUUCGAGCAUCACCAGUCUCUCAAAGUAUAUGGCUUCGAACACAUCGCAGGCCUACUGAUCGGAUAUGACGGCUCCUGGCACCUGAAGGUCACGGCCGGCGACGCCUACUCGAACCCCAAGUGGCCGGAUGUAUGGGCAGGCAAGUUCGAGAGCUAUGGAGGCAUUUCGAAGAUGGUUGUCGAGCUUGACGAGGUGGGUAUGGAGAGGCGUGCUUCGGUCAUGGGAGAGUCGAUACUCAGGGGCCGGUAUUGGGGCUGCAAGAAGGAUAUCAAAUCGACUUGA